AUGAAGACCACACCGCCCUGGAUUCUGAUCGCUCUCUAUGUGUUGGUUUCCUUCAUUAUUAUUAGCCACUACUCAGCAAUGGUUGUUGCAGAUUGUGGUAAUUCAGGUUUCAUAAGCAUAGACUGUGGAGCAAGAACGGAUUACGAAGAUGAAGAAACUGGGUUUUGGUACCAGACAGAAGAAAACUUCAUUGGAACAGGAAACAACGAUGAGAUCUCUUCAGCCAUAAAUUUCAACAAUGAUGCUCUAACUGCAUCACGACAGCUAGACAUUCAGAAGCUUUCCAGAGGGAGAAAGAAACUGUUACAAUACCCCAAUUUUCGAUCUUUACGUAGGAAUCAACUACUGGGACACAGUUCAAUGCCUGCUGUAUCUUAUUUCCUGUACAGGGACGAUGUAUACGAUCGCCUGUGGGUUACAGAUGCUUGUGAACAGGAUGUCUUAAAGUCAGCUGAUGCAGAAGUGAGUGCAAAAAAAUCCGAUUAUAAAUUGCCAACAGAACUAUUAAGCACAGCAUCGCAGCCUUGGAAUGAUUCCAAUCUCUUCACGGUGAACUGGCCUUAUGAUAUAUCCAAACAAUAUUAUUUGUUUCUUCACUUUGCUGAAAUUCAAAAGCUUACUUCUGGCCGCAAGAGGAUUAUCAAUGUGACUUUUAUGAUGACAAUCCUCGCUCUCAUGAACUUGCUCUUGAAUACUUGA